CCCCUGAUCUAGAUGCUAUACUCCUAUUGAUGCAGCCCAGAAUUGCAUUGGCUUUUUUAGCUGCUGCAUCACACUGCUGACUCAUGUCAAGUCUGUGGUCUACCAAGACUCCUAGAUCCUUUUCACAUGUACUGCUCUCAAGCCACGUGUCACCCAUCCUGUAUUUGUGCUUUUCAUUUUUUUUGCCCAAGUGUAGUACCUUACAUUUCUCCUUGUUAAAAUUCAUCUUGUUUGCUUUGGCCCAGUUGUCUAAUCUGUUAAGGUCAUUUUGAAGUGUGAUCCUGUCCUCUGGGGUAUUAGCCACCGCUCCCAAUUUGGUGUCGUCUGCAAACUUGCUCAGGAUGCCCUCAAGCCCAUCAUCCAAGUCAUUGAUGAAGAUGUUGAAUAAGACUGGGCCCAAGACAGAACCCUGUGGCACCCCACUAGUCACUACUCUCCAGGAUGAGGAGGAUCCAUUGAUGAGCACCCUUUGGGUUCGGUCAGUCAGCCAGUUACAAAUCCACUGAAUGGUAGCAUUGUCUAGCCCGCAUUUUACCAGCUUCUUUACAAGAAUAUCAUGGGGCACCUUGUCAAAGGGUGUCAUCUGCAUACUGAUGAACACCCAGCACAAAUCCCCUGAUGAUCUCUCCCAGCAGCUUCAUGUAGAUGUUAAAAAGCAUGGGGGCAUAGCUGUCAAGCAUGGGGGAGAGGACGGAACCCUGAGGCACCCCACAAGUGAGAGCCCAGGGGUCUGAACACUCAUCCCCCAACACCACUUUCUGGACCCGACCCCAGAGAAAGGAGCAGAACCACUGUAUGACAAGUGACCCUAGCUCCCAGCCCCUGUAGACAGUCCAGAAGGAUGUUAUGGUCAAUGGUGUCAAAGGCCACUGAGAGAUCCAACAGAACUAGGAAACAGAUUUCACCUUUGUCCCUAGCCCACUGGAGAUCAUCAACCAGUGCGACCAAGGCAGUUUCAGUCCCAUGAUGAGGCCUGAAUCCCGACUGGAAGGGAUCCAAAUGGUCCGCAUCCUCCCGGCAUUCCUAGAGUUGUUCAGCAACCACCCGCUCAAUCACCUUGCCCAGGAAUGGUUGAUUUGAGACUGGGCGAUAAUUAGCCAUAUUUGCCGGCCUAAAGAUGUUUUUAUAAGAAGCGGUUUAAUGACCGCCUCUUUCAGCGGGUCUGGGAAGAAUCCCGCACAGAGGGAAGCAUUCAGCACCCCGUGGAGCACAUCGCCCAGCCCUUCCCAGCUCAGCUCACUUUUUUUUAGCCAGGAUUGGCAAGGAUCAAGGAGACAGGCGGUCGCUUUCACUUGUCCAAGCAGCCUGUCCAUAUCCUUGGAGGUAACAGAUUGGAAGUGAUCAAAUGAAACAUGACUAGACAGGGAUCUAGCAUUCUACCGCCCCGGCCCUGCUCCCACAGUGGAGUCUACCUCCUUCGGAAUCUGAAAAAACUUUGCAAAAGCCUCUUGGGGUCCUUACCAGGCCCCGAUGAGGAAGGUGGUUAUGAUAGAUUUUGGACCACCUGGAAGAGUCUCCUGCUGCUGUUUUCUGCAGAUGCAAUGGAAACGGCGAAGAAGGUCCUCUUCGCCAUCGCCAUUGCCACUUGGUAGGCUCGAAGUUGAGCUCUAGCCCGUGUCCGGUCUGAUUCAGAACGUGUUUUCCGCCACUGUAGCCAUCUCAGCGACUGUUUCAUCGCCUUCAGCUACGUGGGAAACCACAGUGCUGUCCCGGCUCCAUGCAAUCGGAGAGGGCGCUUCAGAGCUAGACAGUCAAUAGCCCUGGUUAAAUCCACACUCCAGCGGGCCACCAGGGAAUCAGCUGAAAGGCCAUCAGCAUGGGAUAAAACAUCCCCUACCACUCUCUGGAAACCAAUUGGAUCCAUAAAGUAGCGGGGGCAUACCAUCAAAAUUCCACCUCCCAGCAGAGGGGAAGGGUCACGGAGAAGUCCAGUUGCACCAGGAAGUGAUCUGACCAUGGCACUUGUUGUGUUUCACUUUUACUUAGUGUCAGAUCCCCAACAUCCAUAGAGGUAAACACCAAGUAUAAGGCAAACCAAUCUGUGGUCGUCAACAGGUUUACCACACCUAUCAGCCAAUCACCCAUUCCCACCACCCAUCUGAGUAAUACCAUUCCCCACCCUCCCACUAUAUAUAAGGGUCUGGUGACUUCUGUUUCAGUGUAUCUGAAGACGUGUGCAUGCACACGGAAGCUCAUACCAAUGACAAACAUAGUUUGUCUCUAAGGAACUACUGGAAGGAAUUUUUCUUUUUUUCUUUUUCUUUUUUAUCUAGAUCAAUGUGCCCACACUUGGCAGGGGUGGAGAAUUAUUGUGCAGAGGAUGAAGAACUUCAUGAUGAACUUAAGACCCUGAUGAAUAGUGGGCAGGUUCAUGGACUUAGAGUAGCUCCCUUUCCUGUGAGAAACCACUUUUUAUAAAAGAAACCUAGUAGGAUUUUCUCUCUCCGCCCCACCUACCCCAGUCGGGAAAAAAACAAUGGAGAAGGCAGUCAAAAUUCUGGUGGGCCAUGUCCAAUAGGAAAAACAAAGAAACCAUACUUGGAGUGUGAAAAGAGAGAGGAUAAACAAUCUGAAACUAUGGAGAGUGGAAAGAGCUUCACUGACAGUGGAAAACUAGGAAUUCAUCAACGGACUCACAUGGGGGAGAAACCAUUUCAAUGCGUGGAGUGUGGAAAGAGCUUCAGUCACAGUGGACAGCUUAGAAUUCAUCAACGGACUCACACGGGGGAGAAACCAUUUCAAUGCAUGGAGUGUGGAAAGAGCUUCAGUAGGAGUGAAAACUUUAGAAUUCAUCAACGGAGUCACACGGGGGAGAAACCAUUUCAAUGCAUGGAGUGUGGAAAGAGCUUCAGUCACAGUGGACCACUUAGAAUUCAUCAACGGACUCACACGGGGGAGAAACCAUUUAAAUGCAUGGAAUGUGGAAAGAGCUUCAGUCGGAGUGGGAAACUGAAUUCACAUCAUCGAACUCACACAGAAGAGAAACCAUUUCAAUGCAUGGAGUGUGGAAAGAGCUUCAGUCACAGUGGACAGCUUAGAAUUCAUCAACGGAUUCACACGGGGGAGAAACCAUUUCAAUGCAUCGAGUGUGGAAAGAGCUUCAGUGUGAGUGGAAACCUUAGAAACCAUCAACGGAUUCACACGGGGGAGAAACCAUUUGAAUGCAUGGAGUGUGGAAAGAGCUUCAGUGAGAGUGGAACCCUUAGAAUUCAUCAACGGACUCACACAGGGGAGAAACCAUUUGAAUGCAUGGAGUGUGGAAAGAGCUUCACUGACAGUGGAAAACUUAGAAUUCAUCAACGGGGUCACACGGGGGAGAAACCAUUUAAAUGCAUGGAGUGUGGAAAGAGCUUCAGUCAGAGUGGACACCUUAGAAUUCAUCAACGGGGUCACACGGGGGUGAAACCAUUUCAAUGCAUGGAGUGUGGAAAGAGCUACAGUCAUAGUGGAAACCUUAGAAUUCAUCAAUGGGGUCACACGGGGGAGAAACCAUUUAAAUGCAUGGAGUGCGGAAAGAGCUUCACUGAGAGUGGACAGCUUAGAAUUCAUCAACAGAGUCACACGGGGGAGAAACCAUAUCAAUGCAUGGAGUGUGGAAAGAGCUUCACUCACAGUGGAAUCCUUAAAAUUCAUCAACGGAGUCACACGGGGGAGAAACCAUUUCAGUGCAUGGAGUGUGGAAUGAGCUUCAGUCAGAGUGGAGUUUUUACAGAACAUCAACAAACUCAUACAGGGGAGAAACCAUAUAUGUCCUAGGGAAGUGGACAGAGGUUCUGUUGAAGUGGAAGUCUUACAAACCAUCAAAAGACUCUGAGGGGAAAAGCUGUAAGAGUAGAAACUCUGCAAGCCAUCAAUUAACUCAAAGAAGAGAAAUGGUUUAAAUAGGAGGAGUGUGGAUUCUGCUUUGGUUAUUAUGGAAUGCUUUUUAGAGUGUAGAACCUAUUUUUCUCCGAGUUGACAAUUUCUCUCACAUCAAUAACAGAUAUCAAUCUUAAAUACUUGCAGCGUAUGUGAGCUUUUGUUGUUUGUAUGUAAUAUUGUCUAGACAUGUUUUUAAAGUAAUGGAUGUAACAUUUCACAAUAGUAAGCAUAAUAUAAUAUGUGUAUAGAUAUGUUUGGUGGCAGGAGAAAUAAAGGGGUUGUUUAGUGGCAUAACGAGGAAAGGCUCUGUUGCUAGCUGCAUGUCUUGCAUGAGGAGGGAAGAAGGGUCCGUACCAGAGCAUCUCAAAGCAAUGUGCUGGGGGGGGGGGCACAGUGACACAAGUGUGUGUAGAAUGCUGUCCCCAAAAUGACACAGGGGAGAAACAAUAUGGAUGAGUAUAAUAAUAAUAAUAAUAAUAAUAAUAAU